AUAUUUGUCGAUAUGAAAAUAACAAGAUACGACAUAUGUAUAUCAGUCUGAUAAUUUUGAAAUUACGAUUUAAGGAUCUGGGCGUUCAGGGGUUAAAAUAAAAAAUCAAACUUGACCUUCGUAUGACCUCUAUGCGUCCACACAGAAAAGAAAAGUUACAAAUAUUGCGACUCGUAGUGUAAAACGGUAAAGCGCGCAGCUGCGCGUUGAAAAUCGCUUUUGCAACCGGUCGACACGGUUCGCAAAACGUUCGUCCGCGGAGAGAAUCGAGUCGUUUCGCGGUGUUGUGGUCGCGAAGAAAAGGGACGAGAAACGAUAGCGCGACCGGCGCGGCGCCCCUGUAAUUCGUUUCCUCUCCUUCUACUCCUCGUCGACACACGACACCACUCGUAAUCAGCCGAGCCUCGUGUUCCCCUUUUGUUUCUUCCAGUAAAGAGGGAAGCGUAAUCGGGCGUGUUUCGAGGAUAAACCGAGAGUCCCGUACUCUAAUCGUUCGCAUGCAUGGGUCCUGGAGCUUGCUCGAAUUACAACGCACACUUGGUUCCUGUUGCGCACCGACGACCAUCUCUAACCAACGCGCGAUACGUAUCCUACCCGAGCCAGAUACGUAUCAGACAUGACCAACGAUAAACAGUCCUGGUUCCGUGGAGUCCGUAGCAGCAAGUUCCGGCACGUGUACGGUGUGCCAGCGAAACGGGAGAAAUGCUACGACAACAUCAAGAUCACGAAGAACGCCCACGAUUCGCAGUUCUGCGCGGUGAAUCCGAAGUUCCUCGCCGUGGUGACAGAGGUGGCUGGCGGCGGGGCGUUCCUCGUGCUACCGCUCGAUCGCACUGGUCGGCUGGACUUCAACGCGAGCAGGGUCACCGGGCACACUGGGCCCGUUCUAGACAUCAAAUGGAAUCCGUUCAAUGACAACAUCAUCGCAUCGUGCUCGGAUGACUGCACUAUCAAACUAUGGCACAUUCCUGACGGGGGCCUCUCCCGAAACUUGACCGAAUGGCUGGUGGAGUUACAAGGUCAUAAGCGCCGCGUCGCCUACAUAGAAUGGCACCCAGUCGCCGAAAACGUCCUCUUCAGCGCUGGCUUCGAUCAUCUAGUGAUCGUUUGGGACGUGAACACAGGUGAAGCGGUCAGCGUGAUCGACAGGCAUCCCGAUGUGAUCUACAGCAUAUCGUUGAAUCGUGACGGCAGCUUGUUGGCGACCACGUGCAAGGAUAAGAAGCUGAGGGUCUUCGAGCCGAGAUCUGGCAUCGUGGUCUCCGAAGGAGUUUGUCACGCAGGGACAAAGGCCAGCAAAGUAGUAUUCCUCGGCAGUUCGGGACGUCUUCUGACCACCGGGUUCAGUCGACACUCCGAUCGACAGUACGCCAUCUGGAGCCAACACGACCUCGCAGUACCACUGACCUGCGAGACCAUCGACUCCUCCAGCGGGGUCGUCUUUCCGUACUACGAUAACGACACCAACAUGGUGUAUCUUGCGGGGAAGGGUGACGGUAACAUCAGGUACUACGAGGCGGUGAACGAGGCUCCCUGGAUGCACUACCUAAGCCAGUUUAUCUCUGGGAAUCCUCAGAGGGGAUUGGGCGUGAUGCCAAAGAGGGGUGUCAGCACCUCCACCUGCGAGGUGUUCCGGUUCUUCAAGCUGCACGCGACUCGUGGAAUGUGCGAGCCGAUCUCGAUGAUAGUCCCACGAAAGAGCGACCAAUUCCAGGAGGACUUGUACCCGGACACCGUGGGCACCUGUCCGGCUCUAUCAGCCAGAGACUGGAUCAGCGGCAUCAACAGUCCACCGAUCUUAGUCUCCCUGAAAACCGGAGGCAGUAUCACCACGCACAAGCCGCGCGUUUACAAGCCAGCCCAAAUGCCAGCUGCGACCGACUUGAACAACAAGAAGAAGUUCGCGUUCCUAUCCACCGAGACAGUGCCGGAUUACAGGCCGAUAGAGUUCCACGAGAUGUCCGAGAAGAGUCAGAAAACAUCGAGCAACCAAAGCACCAAGUUCCAGCAGCUCCAGCAAAAGUUCGGGAGCGCUGUCCUACAGAAGAACAACAUCAUCGCCCCACGCCCUGAUAACAAGAUUCUAGAGACCGUGGACAUUCCCAACAACGAGGCCGAGCUUAGACUAGCAUUCGCUCGGCAAACCGACGAACUGAGAUUGGUACGACGACAGCUGGCCAACAGCCAGUUACGAGUCAAGGAGCUAGAGGACCAAAUGCGCAAGCUUCAACGCCAGUAAAGCUUCCCCCUGAGUCCAUAUGCCGUAUCCACUCGCGGGGUUUUUUACUCUGGAGAGGAAAUAAUUUCCAUAGUUAGACCCGACAACAGUUAUAUAAUAAUUGCUUCUACUCUCGAGAGUAAAACUUACCGAUCCGAGACCACA